UGAAUGUUGAAUAGGUACACGUGUUAUGUUUUUUAAGAAGAAUUUAGACUUAAAUAUUUAAUAUUUUCUAUAGAAACAUUGUGUAUGAGAUAACAUAUUACUGACACAAAAUGCAACACGACGACGUUGUGUGGAGCGUUAUCAACAAGUCUUUUUGUUCCUUCAAAGUAAACACCAAAACUCAAAGGUUUUGUCGCAAUGAAUAUAAUCUUACGGGUUUAUGCAGUAGAGCAUCCUGUCCCCUUGCAAACAGUCAGUAUGCUACAGUUAGGGAAGAAAAUGGUAUUAUUUACCUAUAUAUGAGAACUGCAGAAAGAGUGCAUUUUCCAAAAAAUGCAUGGGAAAAAGUUAAACUCUCUAGAAACUUUGAGAAAGCUAUAACUCAAAUCAAUGAGAAUUUGUUAUAUUGGCCAAGUUUUGUAAAGGCAAAAUGUAAACAAAGAUUUGUUAAAAUUACACAAUACCUCAUACGUAUGAGGAAAUUGAGGUUAAGAAGGCAAAAACAAAUUGUACCAAUCCAAAGGAAAAUUGAAAGGAGAGAAAGGCGUAGAGAAGAGAAGGCUCUAAUUGCUGCUAGAUUAGAAACAGCAAUAGAGAAACAACUUAUGGAACGAUUGAAGCAAGGCAUGUAUAAUGACAUUUACAAUUUCCCACAAAAAGUGUUUGACAAAGCUGUGGAAGCUGUUGAAGUUGAAGGUGAAAGUGAAGCUGAAAGUGAAGAAGAAAAAGAGAAAGAAAUUGAAAAAGAGGUAGAAAUGGAAUUAGAAGCAGAUGAAGGGAAAGAUGAUUUUGAUGUUGAAGAACUAUCUGUGGAUGAAGAUAGUGAUUCAGGUCACAAAGAAAAAGUUGUACUACCUAGUGACUUUGAAUCUGAAACAAGUGAUAUUGAGGAUAUAGUAGCACUAUCUGCAAAUAAAAAAGCGAAAUGGUUAAAUGUCCCUAAAAAAGGCAAAGUACAAAAGAAAGCCCGACCGAAAGUGGAAAUUGAGUACGAAAUUGAAAACGAACCACGUCAAAGAGAACGAGCAUGA